CCACCGUGAACGCCGUGAUGCUGCUGACGGUGGGCACCGUCGUACUGGGCUUGCACGUCUCCUCCGACCGCCCCCCGGGGGUCACCAAGGCCAAGUACUGGCUGGGCUUCGCUCUCACCCUCGGCGCCGCGCUGCUGUACGGGCCCUAGCUACUUGCCGCUGGUUGAGCUCGCGUACAAACGCGCCGCGGGACGCGGCCGCGCCGUGACGUACGCGCUGGUGAUUGAGACGCAGAUGGUGAUGGGGAUCGCCGCCGCCGCCUUCUGCACCGUCGGCAUGAUUGUCAACAAGGACUUCCAGCGUCAACUCUCAUUGCGUGUCUCACUCAUCACAUCUGGCUCUCGUCCAUGGCGACGGCCCCGCUCUUCACCGUGGCGUUCGACCUCGCGAGCAGCGACGACUACGGCGCCUUCCUCGCCGGCAUCCGCGACAGGCUCGGCAACCCGCGGCACGUCUCCCACGACCGCCCCGUCCUCCCGCCGGUCGAGCCCGGCGUCCCGCCGCGGCGGUGGUUCCACGUCGUCCUCAGGACGCCGGCGAGCGCGCUCACGCUCGCCACCCGCGCCGACAACCUCUACCUGGCGGGCUUCCAGAGCGCCGACGGCACGUGGUGGGAACUCAGCCAUGGGACGUUCCCGAGCCGCUGCCGCGGCCUCAUCCCGGGCGCCGUGCCCCUAGGCUUCCGCGGCACGUACCGCGACCUCGUCGGCGGCGCGCGCGAGGUGGCCAACGUGGCCCUCGGGCGGCGGCGGAUGGCGGAGGCCGUGGACGCGCUCGCCGCGCGCACCGGCUCCGGCGGCGCCGCGGAGCGGCGGCUGGCCAAGGACACCCUCGCGGUGCUCCUCCUGAUGGUGCACGAGGCCACGCGGUUCCUUGACGUGGCGGCGACCGUGGCCGGCCUGAUGCGCCCCGAGGCGGCGGCGGAGGGCGGGACGAUCAUGAGGUGUAGCACGUCGCCGGACCUCGGGUGGAGGUACUGGUCCUGCUUGCUGCUCAGCGCGGACUCGUGGCCCAUGAGGCACGCUGGGGACCUCGGGCCGCCGGCGCAUCGCAAUAAGGAGUGGGUGGCGAGGGCGGCCGCGACGGUGGGGAUACUGUUGUUUGUCGAGGUGGGGAACGGGAUCAAGGCUGAGAAGGCGCUGCGCCUGUUCCAUGGGAACCUGUGCGGGACGGGCAGCGACGGGGCGGGAGCGGACAUCACAUUCCUCGUCUCUGGUGAGUCCAUCCCGGCUCACAGGUACGUGCUGGCCGGAAAGUCCGCCGUGUUCUUGCGCCAGCGGUUCAUCGGUCGCAGUGGAGGGAAGAAGAUGACAUGUCCAGUCGAGGUCACGGACAUGGACGCCGCAUCCUUCAAGGCCAUGGUUCACUUCAUCUACACAGGCACGGUGCCCGAAUUCGAUCAGCAGAGGCCGGCGGUGGCGGAGGAGUCGGUGGCGAUACUGGCUUACCGUCUGCUCGCAGCGGCUCACAGGUAUGAGCUGGACAGGCUGAAGGUGUUGUGCAGACGUAAGCUGGAAUCUGGUGCCAUCUUCGUCGACAUGGCGGCAGAAACGCUAGCGUUGGCCGAGCAGCACGGCUAUCGGCGGCUCAAGGCCAAGUGUAUCAGCUUCAUCGUUCAGACUCCGGAGACUCUCAAUGCCGUGUUAGCGACAGAGGGAUAUAGGCACCUAGAAGCAAGCUGCCCUUCCAUGCUGACUGAACUUCUCAAGUCCGUGCACGGGAGAAAGAAAUUGAUGAACUAAAUCUUGCUCAAGAUUUCACAAUCAGUAAUGUCACUUGUACCUGGCCCACAAACUUUUAUGUAAAAUUCACUGGGAUGGAGUUGAAGAGGAUGGGUGCUGAUCCAUGGCA